GGACCAAUGCAAAACACUUUAUGAAACACGUUUUUUUGGACGGACUUUAUGAAACAUUUUGGAUAUACGGAUUCAUGGUACUAUGACAGUAUGACUGAUGUAUAUAAAAUUAUAAAAGAGACAUGCUCCCACGAUCCACUUAUCAUGGAGCAGAAAGCAAGAUUGAGUUCAGCCUUCUUCUUCUUAUGUCUUUUGACUCUUCUUCCAGAAGUGCACAAUGGUGAGAAGAUUGAGGUAUCCUCAUCCCCUACGAAGCUGUUCGUUUUCGGAGACUCUUAUGCUGAUACUGGCAACAACCCAUAUACCGCCGUCUGUUGGAACGAACCGUACGGCGUCACUUUCCCCGGUAGACCUUCCGGCAGAUUCUCCAACGGUCGCGUCCUUACUGAUUUUAUAGCUAGGUACAUGGGAAUCAAAUCUCCAGUACCCUACAGAAGAUGGAAACUUGGUGGUACAAAUCUACACAAGAAUGGACUGAAUUUUGCGUAUGGAGGGACGGGUGUUUUCACCACAUACCUUGAAGGGCCGAAUAUGACCACUCAAAUAAAUGAUUUCGAACAACUCAUUGAACGACGUGUCUACACCAAACAGGAAUUGACCAACUCUUUUGCUCAUGUGUCGCUCGCCGGCAACGACUACACCACUUUCGAUUUCAAUGAUGAUCCACAAAAGAAUUUAACUGCUUUUACUCAAUCAGUGGUGAGUCAACUGGUGUUGAAUCUCAGACGCAUAUAUGAACUUGGAGUUGGGAGGAUAAGUGUGAUUGCUGUGCCACCAUUUGGAUGUUUUCCCACCGUUACUUCAUAUAAGAUGUGCAACGACUCACUUAAUUCAGUUUCGACGUUCCACAAUGACUUGUUAAAGGAAGCUGUGGAGAAACUAAACAAUGAAAUUGCUGCUGAUCGAUCCACUUAUGUGAUUCUUGAUCUCUACUCUGAAUUUAUGGCUGCCUUUAAUGUUCAGGAUAGCCCUCCAGGUAUACCAAGAUUUGAGAAUCCAUUGGUAGAAUGUUGUCGAGGUACAACAAAUGAAUCAAGUUGUGGGGUCGUUGGUGAAGAUGGAGCAAAUGAAUAUACUGUGUGUAAGAAUCCAAAAGGGUCAUUCUUUUGGGAUCAAAUGCAUCCUACCCAAGCUGGAUGGAUUUAUGUAUUUCCAAACUUGACAUCUUCCCUCAACACUCUUCUCUUCCCUCGUGGCCAACCAUCAUAUGCAGCUAUUUAGGUGUCACUUUGGAGCAUGCUUAAACCAUUCACGCAAUUAUUCUAAGCAUUAUAAUCAAUAAGAUCUUCACUCUAUAUUUUAUGCAGUUGAAGUUCGACUCCCACAAAAAGCAAGUAUGUGUGGUUUUUGUAUUCCUUGUUUUCAAAGCUAUUUUAAGUUGUCUCCGACACAAGUAGUUUCUAUUUAUGCAUGAGUCAUUGUUGUUAAUAUUGAAUUGAAAUUUAAUGAAUAAAAUGAAUAAAGUGAUUAUUCAUUGAGUA